CGAUCAAAAUGUCAAGACUGAAGAUAAGAAGAUCGGGUGUCCUAACUUAGAUUGCCGCAUAGCUGUAUCCAAUCUCUCCGUCUAAGAGGAGCGCGGGAAGGAGAGAAGUUCCCCGUCACAAUCUGUAGUCUGGCUUACGCGGGUCAAAGAGCGAUACGCGUAUGUCUACGCAUGAAUCGCGUCUUUGCUGCUUAUUUUCUCAUGCAAUGCACCAAAUUAGCCGACGCGAGAAGAAAGGUUGGAUGAUUCCAUACAUCACAGGUACAUGCUCCAUUUUGAUCUUGACCAUCAUCAACAACGACGAAAAUGUCAUCUCGUGGUGGAAGAAAGAGUACAACGACAAGAGCUUCACCGGCUCGUAAGACUGCGACUUCAAAAGCAUCAAGUUCAAAGCAAAGUACUGCUUUGGGGUGGAAGUCGAUCUCAUUGUUGGUGAUCGUUGGUUUUGUCGCAAUCAUUGCGGCUUUAGACAGAAUCAGAUCGAAUUUCUACAUCUUCAGUCCAGCAAAACUACACGCAAUCAGCCAAAAAGCAGUUGCUAAACAUGGAAAUGAUACCCAAGCCAUCUUUGACGAUAUCCUCGUCGAAUUACACGCUGAUCCAGCUUUGAAACCUUAUUUGAACAAGAACGAAGUCAGAACUCCGUUUGAGUGGAUGUUCAACAAUGCAGGUGGUGCAAUGGGAUCAAUGUACCUAAUUCAUGCUUCCAUUACAGAAUAUCUCAUCUUCUUUGGCAGCCCAGUCGGAACAGAAGGUCAUACAGGUCGUCAUACAGCCGAUGAUUAUUUCCACAUCUUGACGGGUGAAGAACGUGCUUAUGCUGCAGGCGCAUUGGUCCCUGAAAUUUAUGGGCCAGGCACACAACAUCAUUUACGCAGAGGAACGGUGAAGCAAUACAUGAUGCCUGAAAGUGGUUGUUUUGCCUUGGAAUUGGCUCAAGGUUGGAUUCCACCUAUGCUACCAUUUGGAUUGGCAGAUGUCAUCUUUUCUACUUUGGACUUCCCUUCUUUUGCUCAAACUGUUUGGAUCACUGCUCGGGAAAUGGUUGGAAACUUGUUUAUCGGGAAAUUUUAGGGGUUCUUCAAAAGGAUGGUAGUGCAAUUCUGUAGUUUACAUAGACCUGCUUAAAAAUACAAAUUAAUCUCAUGCUUC